AAAAACUUUCCAAAGCUGAAAUUUAGGGACAUUUCCUGAAAACGUCAAACUGUUGCGCAACAACACGCAACCGUUUUAAUCGCAGGAGUGCCGGGCUCAACGCUGCUCAUUGGCUGUGCUUUGCUGUUGGUCCCGCCCGCUGCACUUGUCCGUUUCCCCCGAUUGGAUAACUUCGUCGUGGCGUCACUGCAGCGUCCUCUCUGAUUCGCUGGGAAAAAAUGGCGGGGGGAAAGCUGCGGGUUCAAACACAACAACACACAUUUUACAGGCAGUGAGUCCCGCAGCAGCUACCGGUGUGUGUGUCUGCGUUUUUACCAACAAAACCACCUUUAUUCGCCGGGUUUCGUUUUUUGUCUUGCCGGUGAAGACCUAACACUGUCGGGAUGGAUGUUUCUCAACAUAACGGCGGAGUUCCGGAGAUUUCCGAGAAACUGGAAAAGUCUUUGUCCAUUGAUACAGAAGACAAGAUGGAAGCGUACCACAGAUUCAUUCAAGAUGGUAAAGAUGUUGCCAGACAAGGGGACAUGUCCAAGGCGCUGGAGUUCUUCAAGUUGGCGUACAACAUUCACCAGAGUCAAAAACUUGAAAGCAGGAUUAAGAAAAUUGAAGAACUUAUUGCUGAGAAUGACUCGGAGAAUGAAGAUACAUUUGUCAACGUAAACAACAGCGGUUUAAUGCUUUUCAAAGAAUUAUAUGACAAGCUUUAUGACUACCAGAGAAAUGGAGUGGCCUUCUUGUACAGUCUCUACAGAGAUGAUCGUAAAGGCGGGAUCUUGGCAGAUGACAUGGGCCUUGGUAAAACCAUCCAGGUGAUAUCCUUCCUCUCUGGUAUGUACGAUAACGAGCUGGUUAAACACACGCUGCUAGUCAUGCCAACUUCACUCAUCACAAACUGGACCAAGGAGUUUGCCAAAUGGACUCCCGGCAUGAGGAUCAAGGAGUUUCAUGGUGUCAGCAAAGGAGAGAGGACCAGGAAUCUGGAGAAAGUUCAGAGGAGAGGUGGCGUCGUCGUCACCACGUACACUAUGCUUAUAAACAACUGGCAGCAAUUGUCAUCAUACCAUGGCAGAGAGUUCACGUGGGACUACAUGAUCCUGGAUGAGGCACACAAGAUAAAAAGCUCAACCACCAAAACAGCCAAAAGUGCUUACGCCAUACCUUCAAAAAACCGAGUUCUUCUCACAGGCACUCCAGUCCAGAACAACCUGAGAGAGAUGUGGGCUCUGUUUGACUUUGCUUGCCAUGGCACUCUCCUCGGCACAAGUAAAACAUUCAAAACAGAGUAUGAGAACCCCAUCACCCGUGCCAGAGAGAAGGACGCCACUCCAGGGGAAAAGGUUCUCGGGUCCCGGAUGUCUGAGAACCUCAUGACCAUAAUAAAACCCUACUUUCUCCGCAGGACAAAAUCAGAAGUGCAGAAAAGCAAAAUGAAUGGCACACAUCUGUGCAAAGACGAAUAUUCAGACAAGGACAGCCAAGUCCAAAACCCUCAAAAAGACUCUGGAGCUGUCAUGCCCACCCUGACGAGAAAGAACGACCUGAUUGUCUGGACAUACCUGAGCCCUGUUCAGGAAGACAUAUACAGGCAGUUCAUUUCACUGGACCACAUCAAGGAGCUGCUCAUGACCAGUAAAUCACCUCUAGCUGAAUUAACCAUUCUGAAAAAGCUGUGCGACCACCCAAGACUGCUCUCCGCUGCAGCCAUAGCCAAGUUAGGCUUGGAGGAAAGUCCAGCUGAAAGUCGGCAGAAUGAAGACAUGGGGGCAGACGCUCACGGCAUCGCUAACGUUGCCGACGACACCUUAAUAUCUGAAUCUGGGAAACUCGUCUUUCUGUUCGCACUUCUUGAAAGGCUCAGACAAGAAGGACACCGCACGCUCGUCUUUGCUCAUUACAGGAAAGUGCUUGACAUCAUUGAACGCAUCCUGGGCAACAGAGGCUUCAAAGUAAUGAGACUGGAUGGCACAAUAACACAGAUUGCAGAGAGAGAGAGGCGCAUCACUCGGUUCCAGACAGACGAACGUUACUCGGUCUUUCUCCUGACCACCCAGGUUGGAGGAGUUGGCAUCACUUUGACGGCAGCAGACAGAGUCGUGAUCUUCGAUCCCAGCUGGAACCCAGCAACAGAUGCCCAGGCUGUUGACAGGGCAUACCGCAUCGGCCAGACUGAAAACGUUGUCAUCUAUAGGCUGAUCACCUGUGGCACGGUGGAGGAGAAGAUCUACAGACGGCAGGUUUUCAAAGACUCCCUUAUCAGACAGACUACCGGAGAUAAAAAGAACCCUUUUCGGUACUUCAGCAAGCAGGAGCUGAAGGAGCUCUUCAUUGUGGAGAACACACGGUCCUCGUCCACGCAGCUGCAGCUUCAGGCCCUACACUCCAGACACCGAUGGACAGACCCUGAACUGGACGAACACAUUGCCCACCUCCACACCAUGGAGAUGUUUGGGAUCUCUGACCACGACCUCAUGUUUUCCCUCGACGUCAACCAUGACGAGGCCCCAGAGGACCAAGAGGCGCACCACUACAUCGAAGGGAGGGUCCAGAAGGCCCAGGAGCUGAUGAAGGCUGAGUCAGACUUACAGAUGCAGCUGGCAGAGAGCAUGGCAUCAAGCACAGAACCAGCCUGGCUCAGACAACCAGUGGACAACAACAGAGAGCUGUCUCACGAGAAAAAAACAAGAAAUCCAAGACCAAGUCCUUCCUAUCCACAACAUGACAGCAACUUUAACGGAUCGCCAGUUGUGGUCGAGUUGGACCAGUCUAGUUCUGGCAAGGAGGACGGCCAACAGAAUCUGUGUGACCGAGUUAUCGAUCUAACUGCAGAUGAGAGUAUGACCGAAGAACAACCUGCUGUAGCAGUAAGCCAAGACGAGCUUGCCAAGCAGAACCCGGAUUCCCCGAAACACCAGUCUGUCAAGCAGGAGAGGAGUUUCUUGGAAGUUGCAGACGCCUCUCCUCAGGAGGUGAUUGAGGAGUCUUUGGUGAUGUCGGAGGCCACCAAUCCUGCCGCGGCUGAAAUGGCAGAUGCCUCGGUUCAAGAACUAACGGACGAGUCUGCAAUAUCUGAGGCUGCAGUUGCUUCAGCGGCCGACGGCAGCCUGGAGUACGUUACAGCAGCUGAUGAACACGAACAACAGCCAAGUGGAACUUCGCCCUCAAAAUACGACUCUAAGAUGGACUUGGGGCAUCCAUAUGUCAGCUAUCUGCAGACCAAGAGACUUUCUGUCUUGCAAGCAUCCAAUUCAAGCAUCAGAGGAGACACAUCAUCCAGAGUCAGCACACGGCUUGAAUCCUUUGAGGGCAACUUCAAUUUACAGCUUGAGGACAGCGACAUGUUCUCAGAUCAUGAUGUCCUGGAUCAUCGGGAGACCGAAGCAGAGGAGAGGAAGCUGCUGUCGCAGCUGCAGAUGGAGGGGAGUUUUGACGUAAAUAAAUCCCUUUCUGAGAGACAUCAUAAAGAAGCACUUGGGCAAAGCCUCAACAACGUCCACGCCUCUGAAAUGGACGAGUCAAUGAAUGAGUCCAUUGUAGCUAACAAGAAGAAAAGAGCUGCAGUGAUUUAUGACAGUGAAGAAGAAGAAAAUGAUGAUGAUGAUAGGCAGGAGUUGAAGAAGAGUCAACUUGACUACUCCUUCCAGGUUCUUGGAGCCUCCACACCCAAAUCAGCACCCUCUGGCUCCACCCCUCUCCGUUCAAGAAAGAGCGUUGGAGGAAACACCUCUGUGGCCUCACGCAGGUCCCUCCUCCAGUCCAUCAUCGAAGACUUGGAGAACCACAACCCAGACAUGGAUGAAGGCGAUGAUGAUGAUGAUGAUGGUGAUAUUUCAGAGAGGCAUUCUGGUGAGGCUGAAGAGGAGGACAUCGUUGGUUCAACUCAUGAUGAGCUUCAGCUGGAGGAGACCACUGGAGAGACAUUAAACACAGAGGAUGAUGAGGAGGAUGAUGGGGAGGAUGAUGAGGAGGAUUACUCGGAGGAGUCGGCAGAUGCCGUCGAUGAGUCGAGAGAGGAAAUGAGCAGUAACCUGGAGGAAUCGACCAGCGAGCCCGAGCUAGCCUCCUCCGAGAGAAUGGAUCAGUGCACCGUUGAUGCAGAAGUCCAGACGAAUGGGAUGAAAGACGAGGACGGGAGCUACGAGUCCCUGGUCAGUAGAGGGAGGGAGUUCUACAGCAAAGGGAAGCUGGACGACGCGCUGGGCUUCUUCCUGAGAGCCAUCGACAUCAGAUCUGGAGAUCCUGAAAUUCAGCUCAUGACUAUCCAACUGUACCGGCAGCUGAGUCAGAGAAGUUAACAACUGUUGGGGGAUAUUUCAGUCUGGGCCAAAGUUGUGGACCGACGUUGCCAUCCAUAGAGCCACGCCGCUAGCAUGGCUUAAAAAAAGGCUCGGUAGUUUCCUCAAACAGCUGCUCGCUGUAGUUUUUAUCAGACC